AUGCACAAGCGACACCUCGGCGGCGGCGCAAUUGCGGGCAUCACCGUCGGCGUCAUCGUGGCCGUUGCACUGCUGGCCAUCUGCCUGUACCCGUGUCUCCUCUACCUCAGGCGCCGCCACAGAGGCAGAGGCACGUCGCACGCCGCCUUGGAUGCCGAGGCGGCCGUUGCUGGCACCGCUGCUGCUGGCCACGGCAGCAACGCUUCCAAUGGCGCAAGCAGCCCGCCCAAGCGCCUCUCGUCUAGCGAUUCGUACAAGCACAAGGGGGAAUUGACGCGCGGAGGGAGCACCGACCACGACUGGCGAGCCGCCGCUGCUGACCACAAUGGAUAUUCUCUCCCUCUCAAUGCGGCGUACCUGCAGCCCGGCGAUCCUGGCUUCACCGGCAAUGGCCUCGGUGCAGAGUACAGAGUCAAGGCCGAGCCCUUUCUGCCGCUGGGCCUGGAUGAUGGCGAGUUUGCACCGCGGGUAUCAGCAGAUCACCAGCCCGGUGUGCUCAAGGGCACCAGCGCCGACUACUACAGCCCCGACAUCCCAUCCGAGGCCUUUGGCAUGGUUGCACAGCCUGAGCCUCCUCUCGACUCCCCCAUCCAGCCGUCCUCUUCUCGAACCAGCUCCUUUCGCCACAACAUGAAGCAAAUGUUCCGCCGCAAGAGCGGCAGGGACGCAACGCUGGAUUCUACCUUUUCUCAAGCAACAAUCACCCGGAGUUUGGCUGACGGAGCCAUUCCGCUGCAGACCAACAUCACCGCCGGUGACCGGGUUGAAUCUCCCGUCAGCUUCUCUGCUGUAUCUCUGCCCCUCUCUCCUGAGUCGAGGCUGGGGCCUGUCAGCCCUCCUGUGAGCAAUGCAGCUGAGCCGGCUUCCAAACGGACACCCCCAGAGUCGCCUCACUUGUCAUCAUACCAGCGGUUCCAAAAAUCUCCCUCGCCUCCCGUCGCCGCCCCCGGAACUGUGAAUCCCAUGGACAUCAUGCCCGCCUCUACGGAAGCCGAGGUCUGGCACAAGACUGAGCACCAACUCUACGAGGCCUUUCACAAGCCGUCGCCAAGUGAUGACCCCGCCAUUGACACGGCCAUGCCCUCUCCUUCUCCGACACCCCCUGAAACCCAGGCACAGCCAACGUUUACAGUCCAAACCCCUGGCUCGACAAACCGUACCGAGUUUAUUCCCGACUCCAACAUCAACAACAGCAACAACAGCAGUCAUGACCAACAGCAGAUCGACACUGGCGAUGUCGUCAUGCUAGAUGCGGGAGCUGCUCUUCCUCUGACCCACGACCACACCUUGACGGCCCCAGACGGCCGGCAUCCAAGCUACCCCUCGGACCAGUCCACCCCACUCCCCGGCCCUGCCUUUACCGAUGUCUCAUCCCAGAACACGCCCUCGACUCAGCUGGACACUCCCUCUCCGCAAUCCGUGGGAAGCUCUGAUUUCCGACAUAGUGCUUCACCACAAUCGGGAGCCGGCAGUCACUCUCCCAGGACCGGCGUCUACCGAUGUGAAGAGCCCGGCUGUAACCAGACCUUUGACCAGCCACACAAACUAAAACACCACCAGCGAUACCAUAGCAAAGACCACAAGUGCCCAUACCCAGGCUGUGGCAAGGGCUUCGGCACAAAGACCCAUCUGCAAAGACAUAUUAAUGACAGGCACGAGAAGAAGAAGAAAUUCCACUGCUCCGUCACCGGCUGUGAUUAUUCCAGAGCAGGUGGCAAAGCAUUCCCCAGAAAAGACAACUGGAAGAGACACAUGAUCAAGAUUCACAAUAUUGAGCAGCAGUCACUUCCAGAACCUAUUGAAGUCGACAUGGAUGUAGACGGAUCAUGACCCAAGCCUUCCCCCCGUCCUUGAAAACGCAGGGGACGGGGGAGAAUACACAAA